UGUAAGGAUGAUAGUUAAAGUACUUAUGUAUCUUAUUACUUACUUUGUCCGGGAUAACCACCAAGUGUUUUGGGAAUUUUAUUUAACAUGGAAUUUCUUCUGCUAAAAAUGUGUUCAUUCUUCACCAUCGGAAAGACCACUACUCAACUUACCAGUAAAAAUCGGAACAUAAUAUCGCAGAUUAUUGCACACAACUAAGGAAAUUACCUUAUCAUCCGAACGAUGAUAAGGUAUAAAAGCGGAAUAAUUUCCUUCAGCAAGUAUCACUCCGUACAAACAUCUCGCCCUCAAAGUAGAUAAUAACGGCUAAAAAAGUAUAGAAAAUCCGAGAUGAAGUUUUCUAUCUUCAUAAUUGUUUCAUGUGUGGCUAUGGCGUCAGGCAUGCCGAAACCAUCCGACCUCGACGUUCCUCGCCCUCGCCUGAUCGUCGGAGGUGUGGAGGCGGACCGGUCCGAAUUUCCCUUCAUCGUCGACAUGCGGUAUGGCCGGACGAACAGCAUGCAUUGGUGUGGCGGAUCCAUCGUAACGCCCGAGUGGGUCGUGUCGGCGGCUCAUUGCAUGCAACAAGCUGGGGGUGCGGCUGUAUACUCGGUCGUGGCAGGGGAGCACAACCUCACUUUUGGCGAGGGCAGCGAACAACUGCGACAAGUCGUGGCGAUCAUAGACCAUCCGGGUUAUGGGAGGCCACUCCGAUUUUCCAAUGACAUCACCCUUCUCAAGGUGGAUCCUCCAUUCGUGUUCAAUGAGUUUGUCCAACCCGUCGUGAUCCCACAGCUCAACUUUGUUCCAACCGCCGUUGCCACCGUUGCUGGCUGGGGUGAUCUCCAAAGCGGAGGUCCAGCUCCAGACGUCUUGAUGAAGGUGGAUGUCCCCUUCGUGGCGGAACCGUCUUGUCAAACCUCCUAUCCGGGCAGUAUUUCUGAUAGCAUGGUUUGUUACGGCGAGGAAGGAAAGGAUUCGUGUCAAGCGGAUUCUGGCGGUCCUCUCAUGUGUGGAGCAGACAAGGCCCUUUGUGGAAUUGUGUCAUGGGGGCGCGGUUGUGCACAGGCAGGAUACCCGGGAGUUUACACGGAAACCAGUUUCUUUGCUGAGUGGAUUCGAUCAACAAUUGCGCAACCCUUGCUUCAGCCCAGAAUGGCGUAAUUGGAGAAUUCAUGAAAGUUUACGUGCAAAACUGCGGCUAUAAGAAUUCAAAUACUUUGAAAAUAUGAUUCUUAAACUUCAUAAAACUUCUCUUCUCGAAAAUCUAAAAUUAUAAUAAACUCGAUGUAAUCGAUAAAAAACAA